AUGACCAGCAAUUUGGAACCUGAGGACAAUGUGGUUGCACAAGAAUCCGACAACAAACGAAGGGAUUCUCGAAUAAUAUCCAAUCCUUUGGAAGGAGCCAAUGUUAUGGUUAUCUUAUUCGGUUGGGCCGGUUGUAGAGAUCGAUACUUGUCAAAAUAUGCUCAAUACUAUGAAAAAGCCGGUUUUUCUACAAUUCGAUUUACAACGCCGAUAAAGAAAGUAUGGUCGUUUGCUUCAUAUUCUCACUUCGCCAAGUGUUUCUAUAAGGAAACCUUCGGAAAUGGAAGCAAAAUCCCUGACAACAUUUUCUUUCACGUAUUUUCCAUGAACGGAUGUUCCCAGUUUGCCACAUUCUGGGAUCAUUUGCAUGAAGUAGAAGGUGGCGAUAAGAUCAAACAGAAAGUUAAAGGAAUCCUGUAUGACAGUGCCCCAGCCUUUACUAGUCCAUCUCAAUCUGCAAAUGCAGUUAGCUUCGCAUCCCUUCCUCCUCCAACCUUCAACUCUACUGUACGUAAUACAUAUAGAGUGAUACUUCUCACUUUUUUCUCAAUGCAUCGGGGAAUGAUUUGGAUGCAAUCACUGCUUGACGGUGGAGCGUACGAGAAAACAUAUGCCUACUUCCGAAUGUUAGCAAUGGACGAUCUACCCAAGAAUCAGAUAUUCUUCUAUGGUCCUCUUGAUGAUGUAUGUUCCCAAGAAUCGAUAGAACAUUUUGCGAAAGAAAUGGAAUCGCGUGGAGUGAAUGUAACUCGCAAGAUAAUGAAAGAUUCCCAUCAUUGUCAACACUUCCGAACGUACGCUGACGAAUAUACAACGGCAUCCCUUGAUUUCAUAAAUUCGCUUUCUGGGCAAGUUAACAAUAACUUAGAUUAG